CCACAAGUGCUUAAUACGUGUGUCUUUUGUCCUGCAUGUUCUCUCCAGUCCCUUUAAAUGAGCCGAGAUCAUGGUUCGGAGAUGACAGAAGGCAGGCACUGCCAGGUGCACCUCCUGGAUGACAGGCGGCUGGAGCUGCUGGUUCAGCCCAAGCUGUUGUCAAGAGAGUUGCUGGACCUCGUGGCCUCACAUUUCAACCUGAAGGAAAAGGAGUACUUUGGAAUCACGUUUACAGAUGAAAUAGGUCAGCAGAACUGGCUGCAGUUAGACCACCGCGUGCUUGACCAUGACUUGCCCAAGAAACCAGGCCCAACCAUAUUGCACUUUGCUGUGAGAUUUUACAUCGAGAGCAUAUCGUUUCUGAAGGAUAAGACCACCGUGGAGCUGUUUUUCCUGAACGCAAAGUCCUGUGUGCACAAGGUAAGGCGCCGUUGGCUGCCUCUGGGAAACGGCUCCAGAGCCUGCAGGCGCGGAGGGAGGGAUGGUGCUGCCUGUGUUGCAUGUUCCAGUGAGAAAAAGGCCAUAAUCCUCUCCCACCCACCCCCACCCCCAAAAUGA